ACCUUAAUUCGAUCAUCGAAUGUUGUAAACAGGGCAUGAGAUCUGAGUUUAAAGAAAUAUUGAUUGACGCUUUUUCAGAAACAAAGAGAUUUUCUACACUUAGCACAGUUCACAAACGAUGCCCCCCUGGUCCAACUGUGAUGUACUUUGCCGGGGGAUACUUGAGAAGAUCUCUUGAUGUUUUGGAAUGUUUUGAUCCUCAGACACUAAAAUGGACCAUUCUCUCCCCAUUGUCUGUGCCCAAGAGUGGUCUUGGGGCUGCUUAUGUUGGUAUGGUAAUGAUUAUCCAAAAUGACAAGCUACCAUUAAAUUCUAUGGCACCCCUCAGUGUAGCACGCAACAGGUUGGGUGUGGCUGUCAUUGAUGACUGUAUUUAUGCAGUCGGUGGAGGAAAUGGGAACACAUUUCACACAUCAAUGGAGAAAUAUGACCCAAAACAAGAUGAAUGGACAACAGUUACGCCACUUAACUUUCCUAGAAUAGGUGUAGCUGUUGCUGUACUUGACAGAAAGCUUUACGCAGCCGGAGGAUUUGAUGGAAGACACAGACUUAGGAGCGCUGAAUGUUAUGACGUGGAUACUGAUCUGUGGAAACUAGUGUCACCGCUAGUCGAGCGUCGUAGCGGCGCAGGCGCGGCCUCGUUGAAUGGCUUCGUGUAUGCCAUCGGCGGAUAUGACGGCGAAGCGCAAUUAAACAGUGUUGAACGUUAUAGCCCAGCUUCGGACACAUGGAUAACGGUUUCGCCUCUAAUACACAGGAGAAGUGCACUUAGUGCCACUGUUUUGUGUGGGAAACUUUACGUAGUCGGAGGUUACGCUGGAGAAGGGUUUUUGAACACUCUCGAGGAAUACAUCCCUGAACAAGAUUGCUGGAAGUUGGUUAGCAGUAUGAACCUGGGACGUAGCGGAGCGGGAAUUGCAGUAGGUUGGAAACCUGCCACCUAGAGCCCUUUAUGAUUGAGGUUCAAAAAGUAACUAAUUAUUAUAUAGGUUAUGCUUUUUCCCGCGCUGUGAUUGGCCUAGAAAACUCGUGCCAACCUCUCAACCAAUCAGAUGCGACAUUAAAACCAAUCGCGACGCGGUCGCUUGCGUUUCCCCGCGCAAAGUGCUGAUGGUAUGUGUUCAUUUUGCGUUCUCAUUGGCUCCCUUUGACUGAGGCAUUGUCCAUUGAGUAUCGAAUCCCGGUUAGCAAUGGGUUUCUUUCUACCCCAUGACCCCUCGACUAAUCAAAUGCAAGACAAGAACACAUUCGCGACUCAUCAGUCAAUUUCUCUAACCAAGGAAACAGAAAAAUAUUUUCACUAUAACUGAUCGCAAUAAAGCCAGAAUAAAUACUGAAAAACAAGCGUGGACAUCCUUACUCACAUUUGCGUUGUAUUUUAACCAACUGCCUAUAUUUCCAACGAAAAGUUCCUAUUCUUAGAUGGACAAUUUAUGCUACCAAAUCUAAUUUAUGUGGCUUAUGAAACACGAUGCAAACUGGCCAUCGGACCUCGUUUCUUUGUCAAAGUGCUUGAUAUUCAGCUUUCUUUGGUGUAGCUCUCUAAACGUCAGUUGUUUAAAACGCUCCGCCGCAAGAAAAACCGUGUAUAUUAUCAAGCCAAUAUUUCAGUAUCUUUAUCGUUAUUAUUUCAUCUUCAGCUAAGAUGUAAAAACUUCAAAUACACACAAGGACGCUUUCCAUCUUGCGAAAAUUUCAGAUUUAGGCAAUUGAAAUCCAAGCACAACAUGUUCCACAAAACAUCAACUUUUGGCAGUAUUUCUUUUGGUCGUUAGUGUGAGCGGAAAUUCUAGAAUAAUUUCCACCAAUGACUUCUAAUUUACUGCUAACUUCAUCGAAAGCUGAGUUAUCGACUGGUUGACUGCAAUCUUAGAUGGAAGCAACUUUUCGUGGUAUUAAUGUAUGAGAAUGAACAUGCAGAUAAUGUGCAGCAAAA